AUGAUUUUUGAAAAUGUUAGCUUGAAGAGUAAGCUGUCUUAUGGGCAACUUGGAAAGAUAGUAUUAGUGAUUCUUGGUUCUGGUAAGCUAUGUAAUGAAUUAUAUGAGAAAAUCAUGGGUGGAUUAGAAUGGAAUUAUUCUUGGAACAAUUUGAUUAAGGAUCUCUGCAGGAAUGACGCAAGCAAUAACAUUGUACGUGGAGAGCUGUCUCUCAAGUGGGUUCUGCAGGAAGCUCUGGUGGAUGCUUACAGUGCCAACUGGCGUAAAGAAUAUGACUACAUCUCACCAGGUUGUUUCUUAUACCUUGUUGAGCGCCAACUGAUUUUGUUAUCUUGCUUCCAUGGAUACUUCCUCACUACAAAAUCUUCUUUUGUUGAAUGGAACGACCAUUUUUUGCUGGGAAGGAACGACAUAACAGAACAAUUACCUCGGGAAUUUGGUAAUGUUCUUAAGAAAAGAAGGAAGCGUAAUUCUCUUACUCUGGAUGUAAAUGUGUUAGCUGAAGCAUUUAAGAAGAUUGACAAUAAUCUGGUAAUUGUCAGUUUGGGUAAAAGUUAUCCAAGAAAAUUUGGCCCGGAUGCUAUUUUUGUGUAUGUGAAGGCCAAUCAGAGCAUUGAGGAUAUAUUUAGAGACUUAUUUCCAAAGAGAAAUGAAAAUUCUGUAGACAACAAAGGAUCAGUUGAUGUGGGCACCACCAGUUCAUCUUCUGUUAUCAAUUUUGCUGCAGACAGGAAUUCAAACAUAAAAGCAAAAUCUGAUGUUACCCAUUCUUUGACCCUUGGCCAUAGUUGGGAACUAUUUGAAAGUUUAAAAUCAGAAAAACAUUUAAUAAAUGAUCCAAAAGUGAAGGAAGACAUAGAGAAAACUAUUCAACUUUUAAGUGGUCAUGGGAUAUUGAGUAACCCUGAUGGUGAAAAUGAAAGUCUGUUUAGAGAAGCUGUAAACAUGCUUGAUGAAUUGAAACAAUUAAAUGCUGCAUUAGAUGUGAGUGAGGUGAAACUUCGGAAUGACAACUCAGCAAUUGGAGAACUUCUCAACAAGUUGCAGUCAAGAAGGCCAAGCAUGGAACCUUUCCUGAUUCAAAUGUUCUCAAAGAAAGAUGAGAAAUUAAAAGGAGAGGCUUCAAAGAUCAGAAUUGCAUUGGAUGGUGAAGGUGAUGGGUGAGAGCAAAAUUGAGGCUUUGCAGGCUGAUUUUGAUUCUCAAAUUCAAUGCAGCAACCAUAAUGUAGAUCAAAAGAGGAAGGGAAAUAGCAAAUCCAAGAAAAACAGAAGGGGGGAGAGAGGUAGAAAGAAGUGCAAGAAAACUUAAACAGCUCCGAGUAUAUUCAGGGCAAUAUAUACAAAAUCCAUUAACUUUUUUUUUU